CCAUUCCGCUCUAUCAUAGAAACAAACGAAGGAAUAUACUAACCGCGUCUGACUUGGUAGUAUGCUUACAUGCUUGAACCGUUGAACAGACUAGCAACUUUGUAGUGCGCGUUGCGAAUUGUAGAAAGUUUUCUUUUAACACUGUUUGAGACUAUUUUAGUGUGAUUGUUACACCUCUUAUUUUAAACGUGAAUCGAACCGAAUCAUACUGCGUUGAAAGCUAUUUGUUUGCAAUUAUUUGGUCUUCAUUAUUGGAACCAACAGAAAUAUUAUUUUUGUGAAUCAUUUUGCAUCAGCCGAGCACUUAGUGAAAGAAUUAAGUGAAAACAAACGUUGAUUUCAUCAGUGUCUGGAAAAUUUGCAGCAUCUGUUCAAACAAAAUAGGAUUAGGCAGAAGUUUCAACUUUGCAGGAGGAGGAUUACCGUCGGCGGUCUGGUUUAGUUUGAAACGCAUCUCGACCUAGCAGCCUCUUGAAACUUGUUUGAUUACUUUGAGUUGAGAGUUUAAGAGUUUUGUCUACGCGAAAUAUUGCGCUGGUUUCAAAAUGGUUGUUUUAACUUCCACCGCUACCACCACCAUCACCACCAGCAGCAGUACUACGGCCAGUGUCACCAAGGGCAGCAACCGUACGUCUUGGAUCAAGCGCCGGAAGAGUACCGGCGUCGUCCGGAAGAAGUACAAAGACUCGUACCGCGUGAUGGGUGGAUUCGAGCAGCGUCCAUGGACACCGACUAAGCGGCGCGGUCCCAUCGCAGCGGAACAUCGUGGCCCGGGGCCGCAAUAUCUGCUACCACAACUGCUAGGCACCCGGGUGGUGGAUUCAAAGCGUGCGGCUGCACCCGCGUACAGUUUCGGCCAACGGCAUCGACCGCGAACGGAAUCAUUCAGCCCGGGACCGCUGUACAACAUCACCGGGCUCGGCUGCAAGGGCAAAGACACCCCGCCCGCCUAUUGCCUGCAGAGUCGACCGAAGGAGAUCCCCAAAUACCUCACGCCGGCACCCGGAGAGUACAACGUCGAGAAGGCGGACAAGAUGCUGGUCAAGUCGGCACCCCGGUACACGUUCGGUGUGAAAAAGCCGCCCAAGUCAACCAGUGAAACUCCAGCUCCCUGUGAUUAUAAGCCAGAAAAAGUAGUCUUAGAUAGCACACCGAAAUUUUCCUUUGGAAUUAGACCGGAAAUCAAAGUCCGCAGCGAAACUCCAGCUCCUGGAACAUACUCUCCGGAAAAAGUAUUACAUGACAAAUCACCAAAGUUUAGCUUUGGCCUCAAAGUGAUUCCUGAGAAGGUGGAAGAUACCCCCGCACCCGGGGCCUAUCAGCCAGAAAAAUCCGCCUUGAUGCUGGACCGCAAACCUGCCUACACUUUUGGACUGAAAACAAUCACCGAGCGGCCUAAGAACACACCAGCUCCCGGAGCCUACGAGCCGGAAAAAGUGAAACUGGAUAAUACUCCAGCGUACAGUUUCGGGCUGCGGCCUAAUCUAACUAAGCCGAAUUUCAAUCCUGCACCCUGUCAGUACGAACCCGAGAAAGCGAAGAAGCUCGAUCACUCACCCGCAUAUCCAUUCGGCAUGCGCAUCAAUCACGAAAAGCCCAGCAAUACGCCCGCUCCCACGGCUUACGCAGUAGAGAAAGUAAACCUAGAUCACAAUCCUGCUUACAGUUUCGGCCAGCGUACGAGCGUUAGUAAACCGAACAGCAAUCCAGCCCCGGGAGCAUAUGCACCGGAAAAGGUCAACCUGGAUGGAGCCCCGAAGUAUAGCUUUGGUAUUAGACCGACAAUCGACAAAGUAGACGGUAUUCCCGCCCCUGGGGCGUAUUCUCCCGAAAAGGCCAAAGUAGACAAUAGUCCAGCGUAUAGUUUUGGAGCUCGACACAAUCUCGAUAAACCAAGUGCCAUUCCCGGACCGGGAGCCUACGAUACCGAUAAGGACAAUAGCUCUCCCGCUUACAGUUUUGGAGCGAGGACGAACACCGACAAAAAAAGUGAUAUUCCCGGUCCCGGUGCCUACGAUUCCGAUAAGAUAAACGAUACGACUCCAGCUUAUAGUUUUGGAUUAAGAACGAACGUUACCAAGCCCAACAUGGUCCCAGGACCUGGUGCUUACGAUUCCGAUAAAAUUAACGAUAAAAGUAUGCCUGCUUAUAGUUUUGGAAUUAAAAGUAAUUUAGAGAAGCCUAACAAUGUUCCUGGUCCCGGAGCUUAUGAUUCCGAUAAGGUUGAUAAAGGAGCUCCUUCUUAUAGUUUUGGUGUGAAAACCAAUCUGGAGAAACCUAGUUUAGUGCCAGGCCCUGGAACCUACGAUGCUGACAAGGUUGAUAAAGACACUCCUGCGUACAGUUUUGGAGUUAAAACUAACCUUGAUAAGCCAAAUAAUGUUCCUGGACCAGGCGCGUAUAAUUCUGAUAAGGUUGAAAGUGGUGCCCCAUCAUACAGCUUCGGAGUUAAAGCUAAUGUUGAAAAACCAAACUCCAUUCCUGGACCAGGUGCGUACGACACAGAUAAAGUCGUAGACAAAGGCACUCCGGCCUACAGCUUUGGUGUUAAACCGAAUUUAGAUAAACCUAAUAACCUUCCAGGACCUGGAGCGUAUGAUGCUGAAAAGGUCCUGGAUAAAACUACUCCUGCAUACAGCUUUGGAAUCAAAACUAACGUGCAAAAGAUUCCACUUAUUCCAGGGCCUGGCGCAUACGAUUCCGAUAAGGUCGUAGAUAAAUCUACUCCAGCGUAUAGCUUUGGCGUAAAAACGACAAUCGAACCGAAAAACAUCAUUCCAGGACCAGGAACAUACAACAACGAUAAAGUUGGCGAUAGCACAACACCCGCCUACAGUUUUGGCGUAAAGACCAACACAGGAAAAAUUGACAAUACUCCCGCUCCUGGUUCAUAUUCUCCGGAAAAGUGUAAAUUGGAUCAAACUCCUCAGUACAGUUUCGGUGUAAAAACAAACAUAGAUAAGAAGGACGUCAUUCCCGGUCCUGGUGCGUACAAAACCGAAACGGUAAAGUUGGACCACCCACCCGCUUACUCAUUUGGAGUACGACCCAAUAUCGAUAAGAUUGAACCAACUCCUGCACCAGGAAGCUACUCACCGGAGAAGCUGAAAAUCCAUAAUCCCGCGUACACCUUCGGUGUUAGGCCAAACAUCGAUAAGAUCGAUACAACGCCAGCCCCCGGUGCUUACAAACCGGAAACUGUCAAGAUCGAUAGUACCCCGGCAUACAGCUUUGGAGUUAGGCCGAACAUAGAUAAAGUACAAGUAACACCCGCUCCCGGGGCUUACGAGGUGGAGAAAGUUAAGCUGGACCACGGACCAGCUUUUGCCUUCGGCAUAAAAGUCAACCGCGAAAAGGUGAACGAUGUGCCAGCUCCCGGUGCCUACGAUCCUGACAAAUCAAAGCUAGAUCAUGCUCCUGCCUACACCUUCGGUAUUAAGCACAAAGGCGAAAAGCUGAAAGAUACUCCAGCUCCCUCGGCUUAUCAGCCGGAAAAGUGCAAAAUCGACGCCGCUCCUGCUUUCACGUUUGGCGUGAAGAUAAACUACGACAAGCUGAGCGAUAUCCCAGCACACACAGACGGCAUUCAGAACCACCGUGCUGAAUCGUCCACAGUGGCCGUUACGUGUAAUGGCGAUAGCACCAGCACCGCAACUGUCCGUUCCGCCAAUAAACAAUCAUCCACCACUAGCGAAACAGUGAUCGAAAAUGGUGGCGGCGGUACGGUAGCACUGCAACUGCAAAAAUCUUGCACCAGCGCGCAAAGUAGCUCCCUCCAGCACCAACAGCAGAGACAGCAACAGCAACUGCAGCAGCAGGAACAGACCCAGGUGGUUACCAAUGGGAAUGCCAUAACGACUACCACCACGAGCGGUAGCGUCAAGAUGACCCGGGAACGUAAAACCGUGCGGGAAGAACGUGUCAGUUCGUCGACAGCGGUCAGCAGCGGUGGUACAACGGAUGGCGCCGCCGCCGGAACGACGACUAUCGUGACUACCGUGACCAACGAAAAUAUGGUUCCUAACUGCAUCGCCGGCGUCAAACAACUGCAGCAGAAUGUUCAGCACCAGCGAAUGGUUUGCACCGGGCAUUUCAGAGCAUGAGAUCGGUGUUGUGCCCCGUUUUAUUUUGUCUUGAAAGUGAUUGUUUGCGAGUGAUUUUUUUUCUUUCCGUUGUUCUAGACCUAGAUUGUAGGAUAAAAUUUGCGUCUGCUUACUAGUUGUAGCUUCUAUUGCUUGUUUAUUUGUUCGAUUCUGUACUUUUUCUUGUGUAUUUUUAAGCUGUUUGCACAUUUGACGUAGUUUUUUUAGUAGAACUAUAGUUUUCCUUUCUAUGUUGGUCACAUUGUGACACCUUUUAUUCAGAUUUGAAAGGUAAGUAUCAAUCGCCUCGUGAAAAAGUGACGCAAUCUGGUUCUCAAUUUCACCGCAAAACACAUGAUGCUAUUUAAAAUUUUGUUUGAAUAAAGAUUGGAAACCGGAAUCGAUAACCACCGUUUGUAAAACUAGUGCUUCAAAUUGUAUUCCGAUACGAGGAAACAGAUUUCUAACAUUGUCUCAAUUUGACAUUUUUGCAACUAUAAUGUAACACGUGAAGAAAUGCCACAUUUACUUAUUAAAAUGAAAGAAAAGUCUUUAUUUUCAUAAUGCUAUGUACUGCCUCUACUCCCAUAAUAGUUCCAUUUUCUAGGGAGUUUCCUAUAUAAAUGGGACUGUUAUGCGAAUAGCGGCAGUGUAUUGGAUUAAGAGAAGUUAUU